AUGUUGCGUAAGCGCAACUUCAAGGGGGGUGAUGUAAAGGGCCACCCCAGUUACAUAACCCUCGAGCUCACGAAGUGCACAAAGGUUGAGGACGAAAUACUGGGGGCGAUCGCUGCUAGCAUCACGCAGAGAGCAACGAUCGACGACGAUCUCGCCGACAUCGCUUCCCGUAAGGAACCUAAACGCCAAAACCAAGCGCCCAUACCCACCGUAGAUCGUGAAGCAGAGUUAUGGGUGGUCAGUUUUGACGGAUCCGCUCAAGUUAAGCGUGGUGGGAGCGCAUUCAGCGCGAUUGUGGGGAGUCUCCCCGGAUCGGAGGUGGUCAAAGCAAGAUACGUCUUCCUUCACUUGAACUGCAAUAAUGGUAUCUCGGACUAUCUCGAGAGCCUCACGAUGAAUGAGGCAGAAUAUAACGGCCUGAUACUGGGACUCGACAUGCUAGAGAAGCUAGAUCGCAAGCGUCUAGUACGAGGCGAGAUCGACUGCAAAGCACCCGAAUUGACGUUAUUGAAGCAGAAGGCCCUCGAUCGCCCGAGGAAAGAGAGUGAUCAUGAACUGAACGGGAGUGCCGACAGUCUAGCAAGUGCCGCUUUGCAACGACAAGGCCGGACAGAGGUCCAAGGAGGGCUCGGAUACCAAGACCUGGUCACAUUGAACAGGUUGGACGAAAUCCUGAUUUCCAAGACCGAGGACCCAGUAGUACGAGUUGCAGUGGUUACCACCCGAGCUUCCAGAGUGAGAUCACCCGCGGGGGUUAUGCAAGAGAACCUGAUCCGGGAGAUGCGGGUCGAUCGGAUCAAGCGGGCUCAGGAGGAGGAGGUCUGGAUCGCAGGUAUGAAGAAGUAUCUGAGUGGCGCGAUCGCAGACCUUUCGCAAACUGAAGCAAGAUUGUAUGGCGAGAUCACCGCCGACUAUGAGGUAGACAAGCAGGAUCUACUCUUCUACUGCCCUCCCGCGCUGAGAUCGGAGGAUGAUCGCGAUCACACUGUCACACUACAUUGGAAGGAGGAUAUCAGGGCGUGGGGCGUACCACCGGCGGAUCAGGGAUAUGUGGGGGAAUGUGUGGAUAUCAAAACAGAAAAAGGAAAGCCGGAGAUCCGGGGCAAAUCACCAGGGAACUUGCAGGCGACGUACCCGUUCCGGAUUAUUGCGAUGAAUCACAUACCGUCGCUACGCAGAUCCCACAAGGGAAACACGGAGUUAUUGAUCUGGGACGAUCUGUUCACAGGAUAUGUGAUCGCAAAAUCCAGCUCGUCCCAAUCGACCCAGACCGUGGCGGAACCGUACGAAGAGUACGUAUUUCGGCGAUUUGGUGCCAAUGAGAUGAUCCGGCAUGUUCGGGAACCCGGCUUCAUGUACGAUUUCUUCCGGGCGUUAAAUAAGAUCCUGGGACAGCGUGCUACGAUGGCAUAUCGGCCCCAAGCCAAUGGGAAUGGUGAGAGAAUGGUGGAGACGGCGACUAGGGCGCUCAAAAUGUACGUUCGCGAUCUCGAUCAGAAGGAUUGGGAUGAGUAUGCUGAGCGACUCACCUUCGCGAUCAACAAGGCUCACGACCGGAUCCGAGGAGAUACUCUCACUAUUUGGAGCACGGAUGGGAUCCGAGACCGACUUUGGAGGCUACCCUGCCAGUCGAAUGCACUAUCCGGCAAAAUCGGGACGUACGGCCGUGGCUCCCGGGCGCAAGUCAACGCCAGAUUGAAGGAAGCGAUUGCGGAUCGGUCCAACCUACACAACGAAAACGCCGGAUCGCACCAGAUCGAGGCCGGAUCUCGCGUCUGGUUGUACCUAGACCGGAUGAAGGAAGGAUACGCGCGGAAAUUAGCUCAUCUGUGGCACGGGACAUUCCAAGUUGCUGAUAAUGUCAACGAUUUCAGUGUCCAGCUUGAGGUCACGGGUACCGGGUAUCAGAUCUUCCCAGAAGCCCACGUGUCGAAGCUGAAGCUGAUCAAGGACUUCCCAGAUCGGCCACGAGUAGAACUCACGGUGGAUGAAACAGAUCGUCUCGAUUACGAUGAGAUCCUGCUUCCGGAGGACAGCUGGGUCCCCAGUCUCGGGUCCGAUGAAUACGAAGUCGAGCGGAUCUCGGAUGCGCGGAGUGGGAAGAGAACGCGAUUUGGUCGGAUCUACCGAGAAUUCCUGGUGCAUUGGGUGGGAUACGACGAGCCGACCUGGGUCGACGAAGCUGAUGUCAACUGCGGGGCGAUACUAAACACUUUCCUACGAGAACGAGCGAAUCGGAACCUCUUCAAUGUGAUGCAAUCACAUGAGGAGAUGUAA